AUGAUGUACAGCUUGUUCGUCGCCCAAUCGCUGGACAUAGCGUUCCACGUGACAAACCUGGACGAAUUCUCGGAUAAUUUCGCUACGACGUCGCUGUUACUGGUCGACUGCAUAAAACACGGGGUUCUGUCGAUGCGACGCGAUAGUCUCAUAGAGUUAACCGACAUGUUGAGCAAGAAUCUGUUUGCAUCCGUCACGAAGCGGGAGAUCAAAAUUCGAGAGCGUUACGACAAACUGGUCGAAUUGAACACGAACUUAUACGCAAUAUGCUUUUUCGGGGGCGCAGUUUUUGCUUUCGUUACAACGACUAUCAUUGAUUUCAAGAAGAGGAGGCUGAUUGUUUCAGUCUGGUUACCAUACAACUACUCGUCCGCGACUCUGUAUCUUCUUACCAGUGCUUACGAAUGGGUAGCAGGAGAAUAUGCUAUUAUGACGUCCGCUGCCUGCGACUGCCUGUACAUCGGUCUGCUGCUUCACAUUUGUGGACAAAUCAAAGUACUUGAACAUCGUUUUCAGACGCUGACGGAGGAGGGAUAUUAUUCGUUGAACCAGUGCGCCGCUCAUCAUUACAACAUAUACCAGUUUGUUUUCGAUCAAAGCGGUAGUAUCGUAGAAAGUAGUACAAUAAAAUGGUUCGCGAAAAUGGUGAACAAGAAAUUUACAGAAGUGAUGUUUUUUCAAUUUGCUGCGAGAAUGCUCAUAGAAACACUGAUUUACUCGUUUGGCACAUUCGCACAAAUAGCAUACUACUGUUGGUUCAGCAACGAGGUUAAAUUAAAGAGUAUUGAAUUUGCCGAUGAAAUUUUCUACAGCGACUGGGUGUCAUGGGGCAACGAAGCUAAGAAGGUUUUUCUGAUGGUUCUUACACGUUCGGCACAACCCAUCGAAUUUUCCUGCAUAUCCAUAUUACCCAUUAAUCUGGAAUCUUUCAUGAAACUGCUGAAGACUUCUUACUCAGCGUUCAACAUAAUGCAACAAUCUCGAUAAACAUACGUGACAACGAUUUUUUGUGUGGCAA